AUGCCUCUUUGGCAAAUCUACCACCCAGUGGGCACCUACGGAGACCCGGCGUCCAAAAUCUCCUUUGCCGAAGAUAUCACAAAGAUGUACACCAAGCUCGGUCUUCCAGCCUUCUACGUCGUGACCAACUUCAUUCCUCUACCAAAUGAAGAUAUCUUGGUGGGAGGCAAAUUGAGGACCGAGAAGCCCUUCAUCCGCGUCGUCAUCUCGCACAUCGCAAUCAAGAUGCCCAAUGACGACGCCGUAUAUAAGAGGUCUACCUCUUCGAUCGAUGCGAUACUGAAACCUCAUAUUGCCGACAAGGGAUACGAUUGGGAAUACCACGUCAUGGAAACUGAGCGCCGACUAUGGAAAAUCAAUGGCCUUGUUCCGCCGCCUUGGAAGAGCGAUGAGGAACAAUUGUGGGCUAAAGAGGAUCGUGCUGUACCCUAUGACGGUGCUUACUGA